AGGCUCCGCCCCUCGGGCCAGCUCUGCCCUCGGCUCCUUGUUGCCCGCUGACCCCGCCGCCCCCCACCGGCCGGUCCAAGAUGGAGGGCGCUUCGCGGGCGCCGCUGGCCCUCCAGCUGCUCCUCCUCGCGGCCCUGCCGGCCGCUUGCUGGUUAACCAGGGGGACCCUUGAGCCGCCGCUGCCUCCCGGAGCCCUAAAGGACAGCAUCAGGAUUAACGUAACGACCCUGAGAGACGAUGGGACGGAAUCCAAAGAACAGGUUGUUCUUAACAUAACCUAUGAGAGUGGACAGGUAUAUGUAAAUGACUUCCCUGUAAAUAGAGGUGUAACCCGAAUAAGCUGUCAGACUUUGAUAGUGAAGAAUGAAAAUCUGGAAAAUUUGGAGGAAAAAGAAUAUUUUGGAAUUGUCAGUGUAAGGAUUUUAGUCCAUGAGUGGCCUAUGACAUCUGGUUCCAGUUUGCAACUCAUUGUCAUUCAAGAAGAGGUAGUAGAGAUGGAUGGAAAACAAGCUCAACAAAGAGACGUUACCGAAAUUGAUAUUUUAGUCAAGAAUCAGGGAGUACUCAGACAUUCGAACUACACCCUGCCCCUGGAAGAAAGCAUGCUACACUCGAUUUCCCGCGACAGUGAUAUUUUAUUUACCCUUCCCAGCCUCUCUAAAAAAGGAGAAAGUGUUAGUUCUUUGCAAACCACCAGCCAGUAUCUCAUCAGGAAUGUGGAAACCACUGUAGAUGAAGACGCUUUACCUGGCAAAUUACCUGAAACUCCUCUUAGAGCAGAGCCUCCGUCUUCGUAUAAGGUGAUGUGUCAGUGGAUGGAAAAGUUCAGAAAAGAUCUCUGCAGGUUCUGGAGCAGUGUUUUCCCAGUAUUUUUUAUGUUUUUGAAUGUCAUGGUGGUUGGAAUUAUCGGAGCAGUUGUAGUAAUAACUAUCUUAAAAGUGCUUUUCCCAGUUUGUGAAUACAAAGGAAUUCUUCAGUUGGAUAAAGUGAAUGUUAUACCUGUGACAGCUCUCAACUUAUAUUCAGAUGGUCCAGAGAAAACAGCAGAAAAACCUGGAGAUAAAACAUGUAUUUAAGACACCACCUCGAAUCAUGGACUCUGCAUUAGACUGUUGGUUCAGAUUUGCCACUCGAAUAUAAUUUUCUUUAAAUCAUUAAGAAUCAGUUUGUAUACUAGAAAAAUCCCUAAACUCCUAAAACUGCCAAAAACUUGACCUUUAAAGUCACAAAGCUCAUCUUAUUCUAUAAUAGGGCUGGCUGUUCAGAUGAUGAAUUAUUAAGGGAAAUUAAAAUGAAAUGGAAGACAUGAAGAAACUCGAAACAACCAAAAAAAAAAAAAAAAAAGG